AAAAGGACUGAGGUUCAACUCAGGCCCCCACCCCGCUGAGUCAUACCUGCUGUAUCGUUUGAUAUGACCGUAUUCUCAAUAGUUCCCAUUAUGUUAUUGCCUAGUCAAAUGCCUUCUUCGUAUUCGCUUUUAAAAUUAUUUUGUUUACGUCACCAGUCAGUUACCCCACUCCUUAGUGGUUUACCCCUUCCUAAGAAAAAUCCUGGAUCCGCCCCAGCUACUGUAGGGUCAAUCAUAGACUACGAGUAGUCCCCCAUUUGUCUUCAGGGAUAGUAGAGCGAGCGAAACGCGAGCGCGCGCGUGAAAAUCACCCCACGAGAGAAAAGACGACACGCGGCGGGGAGAGAGAAAAAUGUGAGCACUACCGCGUGUGAAAAACAACGAAAAUUAAAACAAGUUAUUUUGCUGCAUUUCAACAUCGCGAUUAGCUUAUAAAUAAGUCAUAUGUUCACUUUUGGCGCUAAAUCUAUGAAAGAUUUGUUCCGAUAGUUCAAAAAUGAAAUGCAUGCAUUCCCAUUUGUACAAAUGUAGCAAACUGUUUUUCUGUUUGGAAGUGUUCUAAUUGAAAACUGUUGGCCCAGACUGAGUGCUUUUUUGGUUAAUUUUUACAGGUUGUUGAGGAGUUUCGACGGACAUGUCAAGCUCUUUCUGAAAAGCUGGGAAACAACAGGUUCUUUAUAAAUGAUAGGUAAGAAUACAGCCUCCUUUCACCAAAGACAAGUAUCGACGGCUAUUAUGAUGUAUAAAACCGUACAUGGGAUGACUCCCGACUAUCUAACAUCUAAAUUUGUAUCUCGUGACGAAAUAACUUCUUAUCGAUUGAGGAAUACUGAAAAUAAAUUAGUCCUUCCACUGCCCCGUACCAAUUAUUUAAAGAAAAGUUUCUCCUAUAGCGGAGCUAAGCUGUGGAACAGCCUAUCCCAUGAUUUAAGAUCUGCAGAUUCUUUACAUGAUUUUAAACGCAAACUGUGUCGCAACAGUUUUGAAUGAGAUCAUACAUUAAUACAGUUGUACACGGCAUCCUUGAAAAGCAGCUUUUAUUUGUAAAUAGCUAGGUAGUUAAAAUUUUAUGAAUAUAUUUUUAAUCAGAGUUAGUUUAGUUAGGUAUAAUAGAUCUUAGAUUUUUUGUACAUGCUGAAGGAAUUUUAACCGUGUUUAAAUAAAGUUAUCUAUCUAUCUAUCUAUCUUUCAUAGAGCAAUGAGAAACGACGAGAGAGACCAAAAUUAGUUUUCCCGCUAACAAUAUCAAUACAAAAUUAAGAGAAAAGGGUAUGAGAAUUAAAAAGAAAAUGAUCACCUCGAGAAAUAUAAAUUUCUUUGAUUUUUCAACAAAUUCUCUUGACUAAUUCUUUAAGAAAAUCCAUCAAGAGCAGUCUGGAGAAUUUGUAUGUGGAUAUUGGGGCUUAAAGGGUUAUAUAACAGAGCGUUGCCAUAAGUAUUUCAAAUAGACAGACGUCGUCAACAGCUUAGAAACCACUCACUUGUAUUGCAGAACCUGGAUCUAUUUUUUUAAAUCAUUAUAAGUAACUCCCUUUCUAGCAGAGACUUAAGAACAGAGAAGUAAUGGUUUUUAUUGAUUUUUCCAUCUCUUUUAUAUCUCCUUCAGAAGAUCCCUUAUAAUAUUCUCCACACAUCUAAGCUAAUGUCUUUGAUGAUGAUUUAAUUUCUUCGUGUCUAUAAUUUUGAUUGGAAAUUUUGUAGGAGAAAUCGUAUACUGUUCCAACAGUACAUUGCUCAUUUCGACCAAUUUCCCGAACACUCCUCUUUAAGUGCACCUGUUUAUAUAUAGAUGUUUGAUUCUAUUUUUUCUUUCUUUAAUCAUUGUAGACCAACAGAGCUGGAUGCAUUAGUGUUCGGCCAUCUUCAUUCAGUGUUGACCAGAUAUCUUCCAGAUGAUUCCCUCAGUUCUGUUGUCAGGGCGCACAAAAACCUUGAAAACUUUGUCAUGAGAAUAUUGAGGGAAUUCUUUCAGUGAAUAAGCUAGAAUCUGCUAUUUGAUUGGUCCACCAAUAUUUCUCAAGGCCUGUCGUCACUAGACAAGGAAGAGCGCAGCUUUUUCCCCUUCACUUCAGUUUGGUUACCCCGAGCAUUUAAUUGCAGAGGUGAAUUGAAGCGUGGGUACUUUUUAUUUAAGAUUGCCAGCGUAUGAACAUGUUAAGAGUGGCAACAAGUGAUUUUUAAAAAAGUAAACAGAUGCCCCGAUCGUUUCUUAUGAAUCUCAAUCGCUGCUCAAAGGACAUAAUCUUGCAAUUCGUAGUCCCGAUUCCUGUCCCUUGGUAAAUGCCAGUGAGGGCCAGAAAAAAGGUUUUAGGGCGCUUUUCAUUUGUCAGAACUGGCUGGCCAGACCAUUCCUGUGGCAAUGAGAAUCUCACUUUUAAUCAAAACUAUCCUGUCAGAUCAAUCAAAUUUUGAAUAGUAUGCACAAAGGAGAUGGGUUUUCAUUAAAAAAAAAAAAAAAAAAAACUCCAGGAAAAAUCCUAUUUCGUUGUCAAAAUGACUGGUCCGGCAAUAGUCCGGCUGGUCAGUUCUAACUUUUGGAAAGCGCCCUUAGUCAUUUAAGAAAUUAGUCCUCUGGAGAAGCCAUGUGCUCUGCUACACAUGCAGCUGGAUAAAUUUCCUAGAGGUUUUAUGAGCUGUCCGUUAGCGAGAGUUCCAAGAUGAAGAGAGCUUCUAGCUACUGUACUGAGGAUUCUUCUUUAAUGAAAACUAUACAGGAUGUCCCAAAAGUUCGUUCCUCUAAUUUCAUGCACUACAACUUUUGAUCAAAACUGUAUUUUUACAUGAAGUUUCUAGAAGAUGUUUAUUUCUCUAUCAAGUACAUGUGUUCAGAAUUUCAGUUACUGGCAUGCCCUUUUUGUUUUUUUUUUAUCACAUUCUGUAGCCGUUGCGGCAUGAAGUGGGAUACAGUGUGUCGACCCACAAAUAAUCCAUUUUGAGCUUUUUUAUCACCUGGUGCGCAGGAUCCAGUUCAACCCCAAAACAACAUUUGUUUAGUUUAGGCUGCUGUUAAAAAAUUCAUUUUGGGCAUUCAUCCAAAAGAGAUAAUCAUCCCGGCCCCCUUCCAGAGCACGGCUUUUGUAAUUCUUUGCAAAUUUGAAACGGGCUGGGCGUUAAUUGGCAGACUAAGCAGAGAUUUUUUUUGCCAUCUCAGGGGCCUCAAUUUUAAACAUUUCAAACAGCGUUUCAUGACCCUUUUAUUUGGCUUGCUAACUAGGUGAGACUGAGCUUCCUUGUCGAGUCUCCUAUUUUGUAUCUAGCCUUCUUUAAAACUAUUUUAGCUGCUUUAUUCAGGGCUGUUGGUCUUCCCCUUAGUUUCUUGCCUUCAAAACCUUGAUGAUCACUCUACCACCCAACAUUCGGAUUUUUCCAGUUUUUUAGCAAUUUCUACAACAGAUAAGCCAGUAAAUCGAAGUAUACAGCCUUAUGCGCUCACGCAGCUGAACGUUUUUGCGUUAAGGGGGUUUAUCUUUCGUGAUAUUCACAAAAAACAAGGAAGGAGUUCGAGCAAUUCGGGC